ACAACACAUGCACUUUGCUUCACAAUUUCACUGUUUUUCAACAGCAACAUCAUUCCUUUCACUCACUGGAUGCCAUGUCUCUCUCACGCCUCACCACCCCUCUCUGCUGCACUUCUUCAACUUCAGAUUCUUUGAUGACUGCAUCAAUUGUGAAGGAGAAAAUGAACAGUACAUCAUUGUGCCUUGAAGACUCAAAAGAAAGAAUCAGGAAAAUGUUCAACAAGGUUGAACUCUCUGUUUCUUCAUAUGAUACAGCUUGGGUGGCAAUGAUUCCCUCUCCAUCUUCUCCUCAUGCACCAUUUUUCCCUCAGUGCUUAAAUUGGUUGUUGGAUAAUCAACUCCUAGACGGUUCCUGGGGUCUUCCUGAUUGCCAUCCAUUACUGAGGAAUGAUGCUCUCUUAUCUACCUUAGCAUGCAUCCUUGCAUUAAAGCAAUGGGGUGUUGGAGAAGAUCAAAUUAACAAGGGUCUUCAGUUUAUUGAGUCAAACAUUACUUCAAUCAAUGAUGAGAAGCAACACCCUCCCAUAGGAUUUGGUAUACUUUUUCCUUCUAUGAUUGAAUAUGCACAAAAUUUGGGCAUUAACCUUCCAAUUGGAGCUACAAGCUUGGAAACAAUGAUCCAAAAGAGAGAACUAGAGCUGCAAAGAGGUAGUGAAAGCAACUCACAAGGGUGGAGAGAAUAUCUAGCAUAUGUUUCAGAAGGAAUGCUGGAAUCACAAGACUGGAAAACAGUCAUGAAAUAUCAAAGAAAGAAUGGAUCUUUGUUUAAUUCACCCGCUACAACAGCAGCUGUUUUUAAGCACCUUAAGAAUGCUGAAUGUCUUAAUUACCUCCAAUCCUUAUUAGAGAAGUUUGGGAAUGCAGUUCCAACAAUUUAUCCUCUGGAUAUAUAUGUGCGUCUCUAUAUGAUUGAUAGUCUUGAAAGGUUGGGUAUUAAUCAUCAUUUCAAAGAGGAAAUUCGAAGUGUAUUGGAUGAAACAUACAGAUAUUGGAUCCAAGGAGUGGAAGAUAUAUUCUUAGACCCCACCACCUGUGCAAUGGCUUUUCGAAUGUUGCGUCUCAAUGGCUAUGAUGUAUCUUCAGAUCCAUUUUAUCAAUAUUCUGAAGAUAAAUUUGCCGACUCCUUGAAAGGGUACUUGAAGGAUGCUGGUGCUGUUAUAGAGUUAUAUAGGGCUUCACAAGCCAUUAUACAUCCUGAUGAAUCAGUUUUGGUGAGACAAGGUUUGUGGACAAAACAUCUUUUGAAGCAGGAAUCCUCCCCUUACCAAUUAUAUGCUGAUAAACUUCGUCAUUAUGUUGACCUAGAGGUCAAUGAUCUUCUUAAUUUUCCUUAUCAUGCAAAUUUGGAACGAUUGUUAAACCGGAGAUCAAUGGAGCAUUAUAAUGUAGAAGAAACAAGAAUUUUAAAAACAUCAUACAGAUCUUGCAAUCUUGCAAACCAAGAAAUUCUAAAGCUAGCAGUAGAAGACUUCAAUAUCUGCCAAUCAAUACAAAUCGAAGAGUUGAAACAGCUUUCAAGGUGGGUUGUUGAGAACAGACUAGACACGCUAAAAUUUGCAAGGCAGAAACUGGCUUAUUGUUACUUCUCCAGUGCAGCUACUCUUUUCUCCCCUGAACUUUCUGAUGCUCGCAUAUCAUGGGCAAAAAAUGGGGUGCUCACGACAGUUGUUGAUGAUUUCUUUGAUGUUGGGGCUUCUGAAGAGGAACAAGUGGACCUUAUUCAACUAGUUGAGAAGUGGGAUGUAGAUAUCAAUACUGUUAGUUGUUCUGAGACAGUUAAGAUAAUAUUUUCUGCAAUUCACAACACAGUUUGUGAGAUUGGAGAGAAAUCAGUCAAGCGGCAAGGACGCAAUGUGAAAAACAAUGUUAUCAAGAUUUGGUUGAAUUUGAUCCAGUCAAUGUUUAAAGAAUCUGAGUGGUUGAGAACCAAGACUUUGCCAACAAUUGAUGAGUAUAUGCAAAAUGCAUACAUAUCAUUUGCCUUAGGUCCAAUUGUUCUUCCAGCUCUCUAUCUUGUUGGACCUAAGCUUUCAGAUGAAGUUAUUGAAAAUCAGGAGUUGAACUAUCUAUAUAAGCUCAUGAGCACUUGCGGUCGUCUUCUUAAUGAUAUUCACAGUUUUAAGAGAGAAUUCGAGGAAGGGAAAUUGAAUGCACUGGCUUUGCGUAUUGCUCAAGGAACUGGAGUUAUUACUGCAGAAGAUGCCACCAAAGAGAUGAUGGGUAUUGCUGAGGAAAAGAGAAUAGAACUCCUGAGAUUAAUUUUGCAGGAGAAAGAAAGUGUAGUUCCCAGAGAAUGCAAGGAUUUGUUUUGGAAAAUGAUAAAAGUGUUGCAUCUGUUUUACAUGAAGGAUGAUGGAUUUACUGCACAUGACAUGUACUCUAGUGUAAAUGCAGUAAUUAAAGAUCCUGUCAUCCUUAAUGAAUUGUUAGUACAUGCUCAGCAGAACCUUAGUCCUGUCAAAGCCACUAAUGUUGUAAUGCCCCAGUCUAAUUAGAAUUAGACAUGACAAGCAAGACGUGCACUUGCUUUUGGAUUCUAUAUAAAUAAAAUGGCCCAAUCUUUCCUAAGUUUAA